ACCGCCGAUCUGAACGGACGUAUGUCUCUCGCUUAUUUUCCGCAACGAAACUUCUCCGUUUAAUCGUAAUUUUGUAAGCGUGACGUGUGUUUUUAUUGGUUAUUGUGUAUUUUCAAAAUAGGUGGAUCGGAUAGGUUGGUUUUGAGUCAGAACUAUAAUGUGUCAAAUGUGCCAGUUUGUAACGGCAUUCAAUUGAACUGGACAUUAUGCCACCAUAUAAAGAGGAUAUUAACCAUCCUAAUGCCUUUUUAUGAUGAUAUGACAGUGGAUCCGAGCAUGAACCUCACCCUAAAUGACUCGGCAAAAUGGGUAAUAGAAGCGUCUCUCGGAGUCCAAAAUCCUAACUCACUGCUGGAAAAGUUCUCGCAGAACAGGAAGGUCGAUGAUCCAACGCGAGCAUUACUCCUAACUUUUUAUGGUAUCCUGGUAGUUAUUGGUGGUGUGGGCAAUGCUUUGGUGGUUAUUUCUGUUGUUCGGAAACCCGUUAUGAGGACAGCCCGCAACAUGUUCAUCGUCAACCUUGCUGUUUCUGAUGCUCUUGUCUGCUGUAUUGGUACACCCUUGACCCUCAUGGAGCUCCUGACGAAACAUUGGCCGUUGCCGGACUGGCCGAGCCUCUGCAAGUCUUGUGGUGCCAUCCAGGCUAUAUCUAUAUUCGUGUCAACAAUUUCAAUCACAGCUAUUGCUUUGGAUAGAUAUCAGCUCAUCGUGUACCCAACAAGGCCAGGGCUGCAAACGAUGGGUGCUCUCAUCACCAUGUUCUUCAUCUGGGUCACUGCUUUUACUCUCGCAUCACCCCUCUACAUCUUCCGGAGUCUCAAGACCCAUAAAGUUGGCCUUUUAGGCAUGGACAUAUUGAGUUUCUGCAUUGAAGACUGGCCUAUUACAAAUGGGCGCGCGAUAUACUCCCUAUUUAGCCUUAUUUUCCAAUAUCUUGUUCCAGUACUAGUUGUCGUAAUGGCACACCUACAAAUACACAAACGACUACGGGGAAGAAGAAGAACAACAAGAAAAACACCAGCAAUUCUGAUUGCGAUUGCAGUAACAUACGUAAUUAGUUGGUUGCCUUUAAACGUGUUCAAUUUGGUUGCUGAUUUUAGCACAGAUCCUAUUCUAGAUGAGAAAUCUAUGACAAUAACGUACGCUAUUUGCCACAUGUUUGGUAUGUCUAGUGCCGUAUCGAAUCCUUUACUAUACGGAUGGUUGAAUGACAACUUCAGAAAGGAAUUUGAAGAGAUAUUAUGUUGCGGUCGAAAGAAAGGACAGAAGAAUACAAACAUGAGGGCAAAAAGUAGAAAAGUAGACACAGAAUUGACAGCCUUAGCCCAUUUGGAGCAAACUGUGACAGCAAACACUAAAACGUCUCAAUGUUCGCAAGUUUUCUGACUAAAGACUUGCUUUAAAUAGCGGCAAACGACUUUUGAGAUCCAAAGCAUUUGAACUCAGUCAAUUUAAGUGACUUUUGUUGUAUAGUGUAAAAAGUGUAGCCGUUAUUAUUGUUCUUAGAUCUUAUGUAAUAGAAAUUGUAAAUAUUUGAUUAGUUUUAAGGUGAGUGGCGAUUUACGUUUUUAUGAGCCCAAAACGUGAAUUGCCAUGUGAUGUGACUUUGAAUAUUGUUUAGUUUAACUAAUAAAACAUAUUUGAUUCA